GUCAAUUUUACCACAUGUCAUUUUCACUUCUCUAACCUAAAAAACAGAUUUUGAAUUUUCAAAAUCAAAACAUGUCGAAUAUAAGAAAAACCACAAUCACAAAUUGUGAAAAACAGUUUUUAUUAAAAAAUUUAACAGAAUGGAGGAGAUUGGAUGGAAGAGCCUUUGAUGAGUUCCGAAACUUACAAAUUGAAUUUGGCAAAGACUGGGGAUGUUGCUACGUUUCUUUAGGAAAAACUCGUGUUAUAGCUCAAGUAUCAUGUGAAUUACAAGUGCCAAAGUCUUCACGGCCAAGCGAGGGCAUACUCAACAUUAAUUUGGAACUAAACCCUAUUGGAGAACCAAACUUUGAAGCUGGAAGACAAUCAGAAAUGUUAGCACAGCUUAGCAGAUUGUUAGAAAAAUGUAUAAAGGAUUCAAAGGCGGUAGAUUUGGAGAGUUUAUGUGUUAAGAUGAAUGAAAGGGUAUGGUCCUUUAGAGUGGAUAUAAACCUCCUAAACCAUGAAGGUAAUAUAGUAGACUGUGCUUCUAUAGCUGCAUUGGCAGCUCUUGCUCAUUUUAGAAGACCUGACGUCACCUGCGAUGGGACAGAUUUUAAAAUUCACAGUAUUAAAGAGAGGGAUCCUAUACCAACUGUCCUUCAUCACUAUCCUGUUUGUAUUUCUUAUGCAAUUUUUAAUGGAGGAGAUUUUAUUAUAGCAGAUCCCACACUGUUAGAAGAAGGUGUAGCAGAAGCAUUUUUAACUGUAUCCGUAAAUGCCUAUAGAGAACUUUGCGGUUUGCAUUUGGGUGGAAAAGUACAAAUUACUCCAGACGUAAUAUUUGAAACGACUAACAAGGCUGCAAGAAGAGCGUGUGAGGUCAUUGAGCUGAUAAAAACUUCUGUUGAAACAGACACUAAUACCAAAAUUGAAGCGAGAACACGUGGUUUGACUCUACGUGGCAAGACGUUUGAUAUCAGUGACGUUGAUGUACCAUUGUCGGAACUUAGUGUUUGCCUUGACCACUGGAAAUUGUCAAAAGGAAAGAAAAGAAAGAAAUCUGAAAAGAAACAAAGCCCCAUAGACGGUAUAGAAAAAAUGGAAACCGAAGACCAACCAACUGUUACAAAAGAGGAAAAUGACAUAAAGGACACGAUAAAUGUGGUAAAUGAACAUACUGCGGAAUUGAUACCCAAUAAAAACAAUGCUGAAUGGGCGAUUAUUGUCAGCGAUGAAGAAGAAGAUGGUAUUGGUGAUGAGGUGAUUUGUGUCGAGCCGGUUAAAGAAACCGUGGAAAUCAAUGACUCUGGUAGCGAAGAGGAAACAGUUGUUGUCUUAAACACUGGGAAAAAAAAGAAGUCACCGGCCAAAAAAUCACCGAAAACUAAAAAGGUGAAUAGUUGAGGCAAAGAAGAUUGUACUAUGUAUAAUUUUGUCUUUUUAUAUAAGCACCAUUUGAAAAUUAAUUAAAAUAUAUAAUGUUCUAAAA